AUGUCCAAUUUUUAUAUGCCUCAAUUGGAUAAUGGUGGCAAGUCGCUGCCUAAAGUUCUUGGACUGAGUGCGAGCCCUGUUAUGAAAGCAGCAGCCAGCGAGCAGGGUCUCCAGUCCGAACUCAUACGGCAUGUUCAUAGACCGGAGUUGCUUCAGGUCAACUACGCCUCAAACGUCCCAGGGCAACAGCAUUCUCAACUACUUCUCGCGUUGCAACAUGCAUUACGCACAUAUGAUCUAGCAAAGGAUCCGUACGUCGUCGCAUUAUUGGACCAACAAAAGCAUGGCUUCGAUGUCUCUCGCCAGCUGAACAAACUGUGGAACAGCAAUAAGACUUAUUGCCUCGACCAGUUGAAACAGCUGGUUUCGAAAGCUGAAGCCAUGGCAGACGAGCUCGGAAUCUCAGCAAUGGAGUACUACGUACAUCAAUGCAUUGGCAAAUUCGAAAAGACAACUCGCGGGUCGGAUCAGCAGCUACUGGAUUUAACCACUAAUGAGCGACAACAUCUCCUGAGCAUAUUCGAAGGCCUUCCCCUUCAGAAUCCUGCACCUUUACCUGCUACCAUCAUCGAAAAGAUGUCCAACAAAGUUGAAAAGCUUAUCGAUACUCUGGUCGCUGAAGCCAAUGGUACCCCAGGUUUUACCGGUCUUGUAUUCAUUGAGCAGCGAGUCUGGGUAGCAUCAAUUGCUGAAAUUUUAGCAUGUCAUCCACGAACCAAAGAUCUGUUGCGAGUAGGGACAUUCGUCGGUACAUCGCAGACAAGCAAGCGCAAAACAAACGUCUGCGCUCUGGCAGAACCAGCAAACCAACAAACCACGCUCGACGACUUCCGUGCCGGGGCAAUUAACCUCGUUCUGGCUACAACUGUUCUUGAAGAAGGUGUCGACGUAUCUAGUUGCCAUCUCGUGGUAUGCUUCGAAAGACCCAAGAAUCUGAAAAGCUUUGUUCAGCGACGCGGAAGAGCGAGGCGACAGGAGUCACGUUACUUCAUCCUCGUCCCAGAUACUGGCGAAGCACGAUCUUUAACAUCGUGGCAAGGGCUUGAGGCUGAGAUGAGAAGAGCGUAUGAAGACGAUAAGCGCAAGGUUCAGGUGGCUCAGGAGGCAGAAAAGAAGGACGAAGUGGGCGAGCGCUACUUCAGUGUCCCAAGUACCGGUGCAUUGUUGACUCUGGAAAACGCGGCUCAACAUCUCUACCACUUCUGCGCGCGUUUAGGGGGCAACGCCUACGUCGACACGCGACCUGAAAUCGACUUUACCAACACCCUGGGGCGGAUCACUGCUACCAUUACGCUACCAAUUUCUGUCGAUCCUACUGUAAGGAAAGCUAAGAGUCUGCAGUCGUGGAGCACCGAGCGAAUGGCUCAGAAAGACGCCGCCUUUGAGGCAUACAAAGCUCUUUACUUGCACGGAUUGGUUAACGAGAAUCUCCUCCCCGUCCAAGAAGACGGAGACGACAAUGCGGCCCAAUACCAGAUUCCCGACGAUCGCCCAUCCCUUGUACCUGUUUCUCAAACUCUCGAUCCGUGGGCCGUGGUUGCGCAAUCUCAUGAAUGCGAACCUGACUUAUGGUACCGCACUUUGCUUGAGGUGAAGGCGCCAGGGGAGGAACCGAUGCGCAUGAUACUACUCACACCAGCUCCUAUGCAUGAGAUUCCUAAUAUCUUACUACAUUGGAACGAAUCGAAGCAGUACACUGUUACAACCUCCGCUCUUUACGGUACAUCUUUGGUCGACAUCGACAUUGAUCUGUUACGCUCCAUCACGUGGAAGAUUUUGCGCUCGGUUUUCGGAGCACACAUCAUCAAAGGGGUCGACGACUUUCUCUAUCUACUUGCUCCAUGCGACUCAUCGGGAUAUAUGAUGACAGAGAACGAGCUAUACGAAUGGAAUGCGACAACGGAAGGCCAGCGCCCAGCAUCCAAAAUCCUGGCUCAAGGAAACCUGGACAUAUCGAACUGGGGUCUGACUUCCUUGCAAGGAGACCUCCGGAAGUUCAUGCCCAUAUCUAUCGAGCUUCCAGAGUCCCCAGACCUGACAGGCGUUGACGAAACCCUGAUACAAGUUGUGCGUUUGCCUAAACGUCGAGACUUUUUACACGCGGUAUUUGAGAACGCAAACAAGAGUGAAGCGUAUACUAAAGUAGAGAGUCUACUAGCUUCAUCAUGUCUUGUUGAAAAUCUUCCGACUAGAUAUGCCAUUCUGGCCUUGUUGUUACCAUCGAUCCUGCACAAGCUUGAGGUAUACAUGAUCGCGGAUACACUUCGGACGACAAUACUCCAGCCAGCUGGAUUCGAGGCAUCGGAUCUUCCAGUCAUCAUCACAGCACUUACUUCCUCCGCUGUUGACAAGCGUGACAACUACCAGAGGAUGGAAUUCCUUGGCGACUGUAUCUUGAAGUUCGUCGCUUCGCUUCAUCUGAUGGCUGCAAAUCUCAUCAUGCCCGAAGGUAUUCUCACUGGGAAGAAAGGCAAGCUUGUCAGUAACGGCUACCUGGCACGAGCUACACUUGCUGCGGGCUUAGACAAGUUCAUCUUCUACAAGAACUUCACCGGCGCAAAGUGGAAGCCGCGAUAUAUUAGCGAUACACUCGCUGACAGUGCGCCGGCGGCUAAGCAAGAGAAGUCAUCGAAACUCAUCGCCGACGUCAUAGAGUCGCUCAUUGGCGCCUCUUAUCUGGUCGGCGGCUUCCCCAAAGCGUUCGCAUGUGUGCAAGCUCUCCUGCCACUCGAGAAGUGGACGCCUAUCCCGGAAGCGAACGAGAUACUCUACAAUGCAGCUCCGUCUCAAGACACAGUAACGAACUUGGCUUUGGUCGAGAAGCUACUUGGCCGCACGUUCAACAAGAAGGACCUUCUACUAGAAUCGCUUACCCACUCUACAUUCCGUGGCCCGAACGUACACUGCUCAUACGAGCGCUUUGAGUUUCUCGGAGAUGCAGUGCUCGACUACAUCAUCUCGAAGAGGCUCUACGCCCAUGAGUCGAGGCUACCGCACUGGAAGAUGCAUGGCGUCCGAACAGCAAUGGUAAACGCCGCGUUCUUGACUUACUGUAUGUUCGAGACUACGGUAGCGGAAGAGUUGACCAACAAGUCAACCUUUCAGCCAGAAGUGCAUCAUAGAGCUCUAUGGCAGUUCAUUCGAUCGUCGAGCCCAGAGCUCAUUGCUGGACGGACUGCAGCCCUGCAGCAACAUAACGAGGCACGUCAUGCGAUCGCUACAGCUCUAGCGCACGACAACCGCUUCCCGUGGCAUGCGCUCUCGCUCACUGACCCACCCAAGUUUCUCUCUGAUAUAGUUGAGAGCGUGAUCGGCGCCCUCUACAUCGAUUCUCAUGGCUCCAUCCUUGUGUGCGAGGAGUUCGUUCGUCGUCUGGGUAUCCUGCCAUGUCUCGAGCGUAUUCUGAGGGAUGGUGUGGACUGCUGGCAUCCGAAAGAGCGGAUCAAUACCCUUGCGGCGGAUAAGGGUAUCAAGUACGUCCGGGUCACGAGCGACCAAGGCAAGUCUGGUAAAGGAGCGAGUAGCCCGGAGAAGGGGUAUAGGGUACAGGUGAGAAUUGGCGGGAAGGAUGUGGGAGGUGUGGUCGAGGGAGUCAAGAGGUUGCAGACUGAGACUAUCGCUGCCUGGAAGGUUAUCGCGCUGCUUGAAGGCGCAGCUGAUGAUUCUGUACCAACGAAGGCAGCAGAGGGUGAAGAAGAGGAAGAUGAAGAAGACGAGGAAGAUGGGGGUGUUGCUGUUGUACCAACGACGGCAGCCGAGGAGGACGAAUCAGACGAGGAAGAUGAGUUCUUCGAUGCUGAAGAAGGCGGUGGAGUCAUGUUGGAGAUUUGA